CUGAAGUCUUUAUUUUUGUCUUUGGUACAAUUAAUCAGUAUUAUGUAUUCUGCUUUUUCCAGGGCUUCAAUGGCGUGGUGGUUUGGUACCUCUGUGAUUCACAAUUGGCAUCAUGUUUGUUACUUCAGAACUUGCUGUUUCCACUUCAUGUGCUCGAAGGAAGACUGGACAUUCAGCACUGCUUUUCUUGCACUUCAGCGACUACAAAGUGGAGAGCUUCAAGAGAUGAAUGCAUGAAGCAACCAGGCAGCAUGGUGGUAAUAACAUAAGCUUUCUAAUUAGUGAUGUUUCAGCAACUGAACCUUCCUUCCAGAUCAUUUACUCAUAGUGUCUUCUCAUCAUUUAUUUGAGGGUUCUACAACUAAUCCAAUGAUUAGUACGCCACGCCGGGGUCGGUGCCCACCUAGCCCACCUCCCUGCCGGCCAUGGCCGCGCCCCCACCUUCCCCCACCCCCUCCCCGUCCCCCGCCCCCUCCCCGUCCCCUACCCCGUCCCCGGCAGCGAGCCCGCGCGGACGUGAGGACCGAUGGCGCGGCGGAAGGGGCUCCGAUUCGGGGCGGCGGUGCGUGCCAAGGCGCCGGAAGCUUCUCGCGAGAAGAGGGAGGUCAGGUCGGCGGUUUCCCGGGAGGUUGUGCGCACCGCCAUUGAUGAGCUCGACAACUCCGACGACCCGCUCGAGGAGGACGACGGCGCGCCUUGGGAGGAUCCCGCGCACGUUGUCCGCAAGCAUGCCAGGGGCCACCGUGGCGGCAAGAAAGUGGCGGCGAGGGCGGCGCUGCAGGGACGUGAAGGUGACUCCUUUGCGGAGGGGACGGCGAGGGCGGCGCGGCAAGAUCGUGAAGGCCGUCCCUUUGCCGAAUUCCAGGGCUUGUGCCUCCUCUGUGCACAACCAGAACACCGCGCCGCCGACUGCACGAUCGGGCCGGUGUGCCUCCGAUGCGGCGAGGUCGGUCACAUGUCCAGGGAGUGCCCUCUGCCCCACCCUCCGCGGCCACGCUCUCCCACGGACGUCGAUGUAGAACCAUCAAGGAAGCGCGUGUACGAUGACGGGCGAGGUCGUCGCGCGGAUGUUGGCGCCAGCGGCCACCGUGCGCAUGCGCCGGUGGAGCACCAGGUGAUGACCCACAAGUAUAGGGGAUCGCAACAGUCUUCGAGGGAAGUAAAACCCAAAUUUGUUGAUUCGACACAAGGGGAGCCAAAGAAUACUUAUAAGCCUUGACAGCGGAGUUGUCAAUUCAGCUGCACCUGGAAAAGCACUAUCAACAGGGUGAUGUGAAAACAGUGGUAAUAUGAUGCGGCGCCAGAAAAUAGUUGGUACUACUUUGAUGGCGUGUUGACAGGGAAAUGUGAUG